AUGUCUGGAAGGCUGCGGUCCAAGGUCAAUUUUGCUGGCUGUAAGUGGGGUCUCAGGGAGGAGCGGGAGCACAGACUCUUCUUAAAAUUGAAGGCAUUUAUGUCCGAGAUGAAAUUCUGCUUGGGCAAGAGAUGCGCUUAUGUGCACGGAGCAGAAAACAGCACAGCGACCCCUGGCGGCAAACUUAAGAAAACCAGCGUCAUCUGGGGAAAGGUAACCCGCGUCCACGGAAACAAGAGCAUCGUUGGUGCCAAAUUCUGGAGCGAACUUCCUGCGAAGGACAUUGGACACAGAAUCCAUGUGAUGCUGUACCCCUCAAGGAUUUAA